AUGGUAACAUCAACAGCAAACUCGGUACGCACCGAAGUCCGCCCCGCCGAGCAAAACGGCAUCUCCAUCGGCCUCGGCGUGUUCGCCAAAACCAACAUCCCAAAGAACAAUGACGUUCUGGUCCUCGACCAGGCCGCAAUUGCACUCGUGGAAGAGAAGCAAUUGCAAAAUAUAUGCUCUGGUUGUUAUGAUGUAGGUAAAGGCGGGAGUAUCGAUAUUAGGAGAUCCGGGUUGGUCAAGGCUUGUGUGCAAUUCUUGUGCUGGAAGAAUGGCAAGAUUGCUAAAGAAGUCUGGGAUGAGUUCAAUAGCCUCACAUUUCCGGACAUUUACGAGGGCGAAAGUCAAGAAGCCAAAGAUCAUGCUUUGAUGACGAAAGCUGUGAUGGAGUAUGGCAACUUGAAGGAUCUAGAUCCAAACUGGACGAAAGAGUUGUUUGGAAAGUUGAAUGCAAAUUCAUUUACCUUGACAUCCGCAUAUGGUAGACGACGCGGUGUAUAUCUCCAUCCCGGCGCCGCUCGGUUCAACCACAGCUGCGACCCCAACGCCAGCUAUUCCUUUGAUAAAGGCAAACUCUACGUCAGAGCGAUACGAGAUAUCGCAAAAGACGAGCAAAUUUUUAUCCCAUAUAUUGACAUUACCUACUCUGUAGACACACGCCGUCACGAGCUCAAGGAUCGCUACAGAUUCGGCUGCCGAUGCACCAGAUGUUUGCAUGAGACGGACACCAUGAACCCAGAAGAGAUCCGAAAACGCGGCAAAAUAGAGCAGAGUACCAACUCGGAAAUUGACGAGGCCAUCAAAAACGGUGACAGCGGGUUUACGGUGGCGUGGAGGUUGACUAACAUGAUUCGUAACUUGUCGGAAAAGGCAGACUGGGACGCAGUCAACAUGCAGCAGCAACCGCUCGCAGCAAUCAGGGCGGAGAUGAUGCUUAGCAAAGCGCAGGAUGAACUGUACAAAAUGUCUGCAGUGGACGCGGCGAUUCGACACUUGCGAACUGAUCCGGCGCAGUAUGCAGAUGAGGGCCAUCCCAUGCGCCGGGAACAUGCGCUUGAAUUCGUUUAUCAUCUGCUGUAUGCCGACAAGAUUAUGGAAAUGCAAGGUGACCCCAAGAACUUUGACACCCCGUUCGAUAUUCACGAGAUUAGGCCGCUGUUCUAUGCCUGGAUGGUUCUGAAUUGGAUGAUAUAUGGUAACGUGCAGGGCGAAAUCCUCGCAGACACCCGGGAGAAGAUGAAUGAAGUUGUAUGGCCCAAUCCGACGUUGAAAGGGAAGGCGGAAAGUGACGUUGCAUGGGUAACUGAGGAUCUGUGUCACGCUGGAAUGCUUUGGGAGAAUAAGGCUAAGCAUAUUGAGGUACACUCGAAGAAGAUGGAGGAGAUUGUUAAGGAGACCAUAGAACAGGAGAAGAGGAAUACGUGGUGA